CAAAACUUUCCCCGUCCUCUCCCCAGAAUAAUCUUCUCCGCCGUCGUUUAGCCGCCGCGCGCGCGCGCGCCGCCACCAACCGCAGCCACUCACUCACCACAAGUGUCCAAAGUGCCGUGCUGCGUCCCACCUCCCCCCGCCCCCACCAUUUCGUCGAGCACCUCGCGCGCAAGGCAGUCGGCGGCGGCGGUCAUGGAGGAGAGCGGCGCGAGCGCGAGGGCGGCGGUGCCACGGCUGAUGGCGGCGAAGGCCGAGUCCGGGAAGAGCUUCUCGGACAUCGCGGCCGAGACGGGGCUCACCAACGUCUACGUCGCGCAGCUCAUGCGGCGCCAGGCGCAGCUCAAGCCCGAGACGGCGCCCGCGCUCCGGGCGGCUGUCCCGGCGCUCACGGACGAGCUCGUGGAGCAAAUGAUGCGCCCGCCUUUCCGGUCCUACCACCCGGAUAUCGUCCACGAGCCUGCCAUAUACAGACUGAAUGAAGCUGUUAUGCAUUUUGGGGAGAGCAUCAAGGAAAUCAUCAACGAGGACUUCGGGGAUGGAAUUAUGUCGGCUAUAGACUUCUACUGUUCAGUUGACAAGGUUCAAGCGGCUGAUGGGAAAACUCGUGUGGUAGUCACAUUUGAUGGGAAGUAUCUGCCAUACACUGAGCAGACCACCCAUGUCUUUAGGUUGACAAACAUCAGCCCAUCAAACCAGAAAUCUGAACAUAUGUCGGCGAGGGCGGACAGCAACAUAUCAUGAGAUGACUGGUGCUGGCGAAAGACGAUGCAGUACCAUACUGUGGGAUCUGAUUGUACUUCAGACUUGGAAAAUAACGUAUCAUGGUUUUUCUAACCUGAAUUAUCGACAAAUAAACAGUAUGUAUCCAUAUUCGCAUAAAUUGUUAAAGGUACAUUUUGUAUCAUUGUAUUCUACAUAAUGGAUACUACACUCGUGACUUGCGGCUUGCAAUUUAUUGUGCUGAAAGAAAAAAUCUGAGAAAUGUAGUGUGGAGUUGUUUUCU